AUGAAAGUACUCACUACAUGUUCUGAGUUUGGUUUUAAUGGAAAUGAUUUCAAGGCUCUGGUCUAUGAAUUCAUGUCGAAUGGGAGCUUGGAUGAAUGGUUACACCCAAUGGCAUUGCAAUAUUCAAUGAGAAGCAAGUUGAGUCUACUUGGGAGAGUGAAUAUUGCCAUUGAUGUCGCUUGUGCACUAGAUUAUCUCCAUCAUCACUGUGAAACACCAAUAGUUCAUUAUGAUCUAAAGCCAAGCAAUGUCCUUCUUGAUGAUGAAAUGACUGUACAUGUAGGCAAUUCGGACUUGUCAGAGUAUGGCUCGGGAAGUGCAGUAGCCAUAGAAGGAGAUAUGUAUAGCUUUGGAAUCCUUGUUUUGGAGAUGUUCAUAGGCAAGAGGCCGACUGAUGACAUGUUUGAAAAUGGGUUGAACCUUCAUCGCUUCGCCAAGGAAGCUUUGGCAGACCAAGUGGAUAAUGUAAUCGAUUCCAUUCUGCUUCAGGAACACCAAGAGUCGGAGAAGAGAUGA